AUGGCAACUGCAGCUAGUCCAACUUCAUCGCUGUACGAAGUUCUUGGCCUUCCAAUGAGUGCAAGUGGUCAUGAGAUCAAAGCAGCUUAUAGGAGACUAGCAAGGAGGUGUCACCCAGAUGUUGUGGCCAUGAACCAAAAACAAACCUCUGCCACUGAAUUCAUGAAGAUUCAUGCAGCUUAUGCAACCCUAUCGGACCCUGAAAAACGAGCAAACUACGAUAGGGGUCUUUACCGGUGUGCUCGGCCUUUCGGGUCUUCGUCUUCAUUUUCCUCCGCAACAGCUGCGGCAGCAAAUACUUACCGGAACUGGGAGACUGACCAGUGCUGGUAG